AAAUGGGGCGAUGCUGGAGCCGCCUAGGGCGACGGGAAGACAAGCCCGCCACGCGCCAAUCGGUCCUGGCUGCGAGCGGGUCAAGGUCAGCCCGGGCCCGCAGCGUUGUCCGCAGCAACCAACAACUCGGGGUCGCCUGGGCAACUGCCGCCCGGGAAGCUCUCUAUUGGCUGCAGCGGGCGCCUGUUCGCCAUGCAUCGCAUCCGAUAGGUCAAUGCACCGGAGGGUCCGCCUACACCCCCUGGCCGCGCUCCCGAUGCAGCCCUCGCAGUCCCGGCCUCGGUGUCCGCGAGUGCAGAGUGGAAGUAACCAUGAGGCGUCCCUGCGAGGGGCCUGGAAGGAAGGAAGAGCUGGAGGAAGGGGCGGCGGCCGCCGUUGGGCGUCUGCAGGGGGUCCUGGAGGCCCAGAAGGGUUCGGACGCGGAUUCGAACUCCGACCAAGAGAAAGAAGGCACCCAUAAGCUUGGAGAACUGGGCAAGGACACCCUCUACCCGAGGUCUUGCUGGGCCCACAGCGUCGUGCCUGCUUCCUGCUUUCUGUGCCAAGGGAGCACCCCAGAGCUCAACCUGCAGCACCGUGGCCUGGGGCCCCAGAGAAGCAGGGCUCUGGCUUCUGUGUUGACCUACAAUCCCUACAUCAAGCGGCUGGAACUUCGGGACAGCGGGCUCUGUGGGGCUGGCACGGAGGCCCUGGCAGGUGCCCUGAGCAAAAGCAGUAUCUGUGAUGUGGACCUGUCGGAGAACCAGCUGGGAGCAGUGGGAACCCGGGCUGUCUGUGCUGCCCUGGCGGUGAACCCGGCUGUGCAGAAGGCACAGCUGGCAGGGAAUGGCCUGGAGGAACAGGUGGCCCAGUACCUUACCGAACUCCUGCUGGUCCACACAGGCCUGAAACCCCUGGACCUGAGCUAUAACCAGCUGAAUGACCAAGCAGGGGAGAUGCUUGGACCAGCCCUGGCAGAAAACACAGGAUUUACUGAGCUUAACAUAAGCUGGAAUCAUCUGUGAGGACCAGGAACUGUAGCCUUCGCUAGGGGACUGGAGGCAAACAUCUUCCUGAAGGUCUUGGACAUCUCGUAUAAUGGCUGUGGGGAUCCUGGAGCCUCCACACUGGGGGAGGGGCUCAAGACCAACAACAUGUUGGAGGUCUACCUGAGCAACAACCGCAUCUCUGCAGUGGGAGCCCUGAGCCUGGGCCUGCAGGUCAACCAGACACUGAGGAUUCCUGUUGUGUCCAGGAAUCCCAUGCGAAGUGAAGCCUGCUUUGGUGUUCUCAAGUCUGCCUGGGCUAAUCCACUGUCUGCCCUAGAGCUGCUGGAUUUUUCUGAUAUCCAUGUGAACAGAGAGUUUGAUGACCUCACCAGCGCAGUGAAGGUCAUUCUUCCAGGGCUUUGCAUAAAGACGGCUGCCCACAGAGUGGAGUACAAAAAAGAAUUCCUACCCAUCUUCAGACCGUCUGAAUGA